AUGUCGUCUUCCACUGGGGAUCGAACUCGGAAGGUGGCUCUCAUAACUGGAAUAACCGGACAGGAUGGUGCUUAUCUUGCUGAAUUCUUACUCUCCAAGGGAUAUGAGGUUCACGGGAUAAUACGUCGUUCUAGCUCAUUCAAUACAGGUCGCGUCAACCACAUUUAUGAGACCGAUCGUGAUUCUCAGACGCGUAGCUUCUUUCUACAUUACGGGGACAUGACGGACAGCUCUUCACUGAUUAAAGUGAUCAGUCAAGUGACACCAGAUGAGAUUUACAAUUUGGCUGCUCAGUCUCAUGUGAAGAUUUUGGCCUUUCGCAUUCUGAAUGAAAAGAGCUCCGAACUGAGUUUCGAAGGUGAACGAUAA